AUGCAGUGGGAAAAUGCCGAUGAGAGCGUCAUCGGUCUACCGGACCCACCAAGGGGCAGUGUGAACUUCGAAACACCAACACCCAUCUUGGCAAGCCAACGAGGAAAUGAGCGACAUGGAGAAAGAAAAAAAGCCGCCACACGUCUCCUCCAGGAGCUGGCCGCGUCGCGGCGCCAGCUGCCUAUGGUCCCAGUGUUGAAUCCCACCCGGUUCCAAUUCGACACGAAUGAAGGAGUCAAGACGCUUGUUGAUCUUUUCGAGGGCCGCAAGCAGCUGAUUAUGUACCACUUCAUGCUAGCACCGCAAGAUACUCAAGCGUGUGUGGGCUGCUCAUUUUGCAUGGACCAUAUCCCGGACCUGGGCCACCUCAACAGCAGAGACACGUCCUUUGUGGCGGUUGCCACUGCGCCAUGGGAGAAGGUCGCUGCAUAUGGAAGUCGCAUGGGCUGGACAUUCCCCUUUUACAGUUCGGCCAGAACGCAUCAGGCGUGGGCGGAGGCCGAACAGAAGGGUGAAACUAUUACCUGGAAGCCAGGUAAUGGGUAUUUUGGGCUCUGUGUGUUCCUCAAGGAAGGUAAUAAGGUGUUUCACACCUAUGAUACCACCGACCGGGGCAUGGAAGCGAUUCUCUCGACGUACCAUCUGCUGGAUAUGACGCCCUUGGGGCGGCAGGAAGUGGGCAAUGGAAUGGGGAAUUUCCGUCGACAUGAUGAAUACUAA